AUGGGCACCGACGCCACAGAGAUUAGCACCCCAAUCGAGUGGGACUGGGAUCUCGAGCACGAAGACAGAAAGAAGGAGUCCAGGGCAGACGCGUCGCUGCAUAGCGCUCAACCCUUCCUCGUAGAUAGGAAGCUACUCAAAGAUGUUGUUCGAGAGAAGAUGGGAUGUGAGGUUGGAAGGAUCACUUUCUUGAGUUCUGGCACAUUCCACAAGGCUUAUCUUGUCACUCUGUCUGAUGGACGUGAGGUCAUCGCCCGGGUAGCCCGCCGUUACAUGCCGCGGUUGAAGACAGAAUCAGAGGUCGCCACAAUGUCAUACAUUCGGACCCACACAUCAAUACCAGUGCCAAACGUCCAUUUCUACGACUCUAAUCCCUAUAACCGCCUCGGAGGAGAAUACAUCAUCAUGUCCAAGGCCAAAGGCGUUCCGCUCAGCACCGUCUAUCAUUCCAUGUCACACGAAACACUCGUCUUGCUACUCAGCAAUCUCGCAUCACUCGUCAUACCCCUUUUCGCCCACAGAUUCUCCAAUAUCGGUUCCCUCUACCUUGGCCCGCCACCCGAAGGAGCGCGCUCUCCGCCACCCUCCGCAUGGGCGUCCUCCGCACCGACGCCAACACUGAAGAACACGACUUUCAAUCUCCCAAGCAGGCCAGCGUACACGUCCCGUGUGAGCACGUACCUGCAGGCGCCGAGCACGCCAACCACUGGCCAAGAAUUCCACGUCGGCCAGAUCAUCUCUUGGCCCUUCUUCGGUUCCAAUCGCGGAGACCUCAUUCAUCCUACCGAGAUCGACCGUGGCCCGUGGCCUACGACGCGCGAGUAUUUCCUUGCGUGCGCCACCCGGGAGAUCAACGGCGUCAUACGCGAGAAUGAAGGCAAAGCAGCGCCGCAUCGACUUCAUCUCGACCCAGAUGAGAUUCGUGCGUCCAGGCAUCAUCAUCUCCAAGCCGUUCCCGGAGACCGAAGCGAUGAGAGCGACGAGUAUGAUUGGGAAGAGAGCGAAGAGGAGUGGGAAGGCCCGGGAGAUGCGAUCUACCGCGACUACAGGAAGAUGCAGAGGAGCACGUUCUUGGUGGCUCAUAUGGCGGAGAGAGAAGAGGUGGCGAGAGCGGAGAUGGGAAGAUGGUUGAGGAUGAUGGACAGACUUUGUUCGGGUGUAGGGUUUGGGAUAGAGGAUCCAGGUGGGCAUGGGGGUCCUGCGCCCGAAGAGUUCGGUUUGGACUGCCAUGACUUGAGCUUGGAGAACAUAUUCGUGGAUCCUGAUGACCACGCCAAGAUCACAUGUGUCAUUGACUGGGAAUCGACGACGAUACGGCCCCUUUGGGCAUGCGCCCACCCUCCCGCCUUCCUCCAAUCCAGCCCCUUUACCUCUCGCCUCUUCCGAGAAGCCGUGUCUAAGCUCGUCGAGCGCCUUCCGUCCGCAUCCAAUCGCCAUGCGGAUCUCGCCACUCUGGUAGCAGAAUGGCGACAUUAUGAGACCGCGGGUGCCCCUUUGCGCCUCGUCCACCGCUGCCUCGAAUGGGACGGUUGGGAGGAGGGCCUGGUAGAGAGCAUACUCGGACCCGAGGAUCAAGAGGAAGUGUGGAUUAAGGAGGUACAGGCAGAGGUCGAUAACUACAUUCGGACGACGCACAGUUCUGCAGCGAGCCCGGAUCCGGGGACGACGGUUCUAGCUUCGAGGCAUGGAGGAGGGGGAUUCAUGUCUGGGGAAGGUGAGAGCGAUGAUGGUGAAACCUCGGCGGCGAGCGUUGGGAGCAUUUUGAAGCCGAAUGGAGUGAGACGAAAGAGGGUCAGGACUCCGAAGAGGAGGGGUGUUCCGGGUUUGGGGAAGAUGACGGCGUUGGCGGCGUCGGAGGAGAGUCAGAAGGAGAGGUUGCUGGAUGGGACCGGUGAUAUCUGUGGAGGGAGGGGUGGUGAAUUGGGCAGGAGGUUGGAGGCGUUACUGACGCUGAACGGGAACGGAGACGGGAGUGUGAGGAGGGGGGAUUGGCAGGAGCAUGAGGCGUACGACGCCGGGGAGGAGUGA